AACUCUGCCUGUGCAUCUCUCUCCCGACGCCGACAUCCUAGGAUGUGAGAUUUUCGCGUUCUGGGACGUUGUGCACAUUUCAUCGUCGCGUUUGGGAGGCUGUUUGUGCAUGCCCAACGGAUCCCACCGUGUAUAUGAGACGUAUGUUGAGACAUGUGUUGAGAUGCAGGAAACCAAGAAGUUCGAGUGGAUGAGUACAAUUCGAAGGCUGAGGUUUAGGUUUAUGUCAAGGAUAAGGGUCAGCGGUGCGCUGUAGGAUUUCGGAAUGAAAGGGAGAGAUGAUUGACGUAGUGGGUCUUAACUGCGGUUAUCUUUGGUGGCUUUGUAGUUUUCCGAGUUGGAAGAGGUUUGUCGGGGACAGAUCUUUCACGCUCCAAAUCGUUGUUUUGACCCAUAGUCAAAUGCUAUUUUGGAGACUCCGUCGAGCACCUGUACGUGGUGUGGGUUAGGUUUUAUUGGAGCCGAGGUUUGGUAAAAUGAUAUUUCGUGGAUGCGCACGGAAACAUUUUCAAAAUCAGUAGGGGUAAACAUUGAGUGAGGCAGUGGCUGGUCUAAUUAGGUUAGAAGUGUGGGCAGUUUCAAACUCUGCGUCACAUUUCAGGCUCUAUUUUUCCAGGAGUUCACUACCUGCUUAGCUUGAACAGCACUUGCCAUCUGCAUAAGUAUCCUAAAUCUUUUUCGGACACAGAUGCAUGUUUGCAAAUGCUGUUCAUACAAGCAUUGAAGAGGGUCUUCGGCUUUUUCGCCGGUGGACCCAAACGAUGGCGGAUUGUUGUUAUCAGCUCGCUUAUUGCAUGCAAAAGCAUUUAGCGAAUUGUUACACUUUAUGGUUUACAGGCUCUUGAGCUUGGGGAUGGUUUUAUCUAGCUGAAUAUUGUUAGCAGAUUGGUAGUUGCAACUGCAAUGCUGGAACAAUCAAGAGACGAGGCAGUUGGCCUGAUGGAAGCAGACUUUAGUAUUAUGGAGCAGCAGCCAUCCCCUCCUUCGCAAGGGGAUUGUUUUCCCGAACCUGUAAAUUUACCCAAAGCCCGCGUUGGGGCGUCAACCAAUGAUCAACGGUUUCUACUGGUUUUUAUUCUGGGAACUUAUUUUGGCCCUGAUUUGCGAGAGGAGAUUCCGCGUAAAUCGGCUCUGCAGCGAACAUACAUGGGGCUGCCUCCAUAUUCAGCUGACGAACUCGGGGGCUCCGUCUUCAAGUUGUCGGAAAUAGAGAGCAUCUAUUAUUUUGCGCUUAGGAACUCACACCCCAGUGCGCGAGUCAAACUGCAAUCACUCUACAAGUUUCUGCAAGGUCACCUUGCGCCUCCUGUCAAGGAAAAUCUAGAGGACGUGCGCCAAUUCACAGCUUUCUUCCCUCCCCAUUUGCAUCGUCAAUCUCGUUACAAGGGGACUUACAAGGUUAUUGAGAGUAUGGUAUUUAUUGACGACCCCGACAUCACAUAUAUGAAAGUGGAGGACGUUGAGCGUUUCAAGCGCCUUAGUGGGCUUUCCGAACUAACACUUGACAGAGAAGAGGCACGGAACUACCAACACGGACAACGGAAUGAUCGAGAUGAUGAGAGGCAGGCACGUUUUCAAGCCAUGGCAGUAGCUCAUGGUCAUGUGGCGGAGACGGGCGCCCGGGCACACCCUCUGGUGAUCAUGGAUGCAUCUCUCGAUAAGAGGAAAAGGAGGAAACGUGAAUCACAGUUAGAUGUUCUCUCCCUUCCAUCUCCUUUACCCGGACCGCAAAAGGAAGAGAAAGCAGACUGGGCUCCGAAUAGCAAAUUAGGGGCUGCUAUGCUGCUGCUUCCCUCUUUACCGAGCUUGGAACAAUGGAAUUCAGUAAUCAAUACAUCGAAGCCUGUGAUUACCUUCACAGGAACUGCCGCAGCUCGCAAUGCGGGUCCUUUGAUCGGUCUCGUGGACAUUGGUAUAAGUGACGAUGCAUAUUUAUUCCGAACUGCUUUACCUGGUGUCAGGAAGGAAGAAGGUGAAUUCAAAUGCGAGGUGGAGUGCGACGGCAAAGUGAUGAUUAAGGGCACUACAACUACAGGAGAGGCUCGUAUAGUCAGGAACAAUGCAAUCUUCGUCAUGCAAACUCAAUACUUAUGUCCUCCUGGUCCCUUCACUGUCUCGUUCUCUUUACCAGGUCCUGUAGAACCCAAUCAAUUCACUGGUACCUUUGGUUCUGAUGGUAUUUUAGAAGGUAUAGUCAUGAAACAGCGGCACAGAAGUGGUGCAGCGGCCUUGCUUUUCGAGUCUUGAGUAUACACUUCAAGGAAAUUUGUUUGAAAAUCAAGACGAUUGAAUGUUUCUCAAGGGGAUUGUCAAGCAGAAAGCAUCUAGGUUCCAUGACUUGAAGAGACUACCGUGUAGUCCGACCUUGCUUCCUGCCGCAUCCUUGUGCCUUCAAAUCUUCAUCAGCGGUGGAUUGCUGUCUAGAUAGCAUGCCCAGAAAGCGCUGUUCAGAAACAGUCUUUAUUUGUAUAGAGCCUUAGCUUCAAGCUUUGUUGCGUCAUGGAUCUAAAAUGUUUUCCUGGGACAAAGCGAGAUGCCUCUCAGAAUCAGGAUUUAGUGCUGGACACUCUUGUGUACAUCGUGGGGGUUUGUAUGAAAUGAAGUUCAGAUGUAAUAUAAUUUGGUCUUCUUUGUGGGAUGUUGAUAAAAGACGAAGAUUGCAUUGUUCCUGACUAUACGAGCCUCUCCUGUAGUUGUAGCGCCCUUAAUCAUCACCUUGCCGUCACACUCCACCUCGCAUUUGAAUUCACCUGCUUAUUCUCGUUCCCCCAUAAGUCCGAGUUUGAUUUUGUUUUCUUUACUGCCAUUCAAUUCGAUUAGAUAUGUUCAGAAAGUGUUA